AUGAUGACCGCACUCGCGCAGUGCACACGGCAGCCCCUGCGCAACGCCGCAACAGGCGCACGCGCAGCCUCGACCUCGUCCCAUCAGCACCAGCACCAUCAGCCCUUCUUCCCCGUCCAGUCCUCUCCCGCGGGCCCGGUCCGACAAACUCCCAAACCCCCCUCUCACUUGUGGUACACCGCGCGCCCGACCUUCAACGCGACCGUCUCGUCCCUCGAGCGCAACCUCGUCCAGUCGCGCGCCUACCUCUUCCGCCAGGGACUGCUCCGCUCCAUCGAUCCCGACGCGCUCACGGCCAACGCAGCCAGCCCUGAAAUCGACUCGCAGGCGGGGAGGACCGUCCUCGCCCAUCCGCGCGAGAGGAAAUGGCGUGUGCCCGACGACAUGAAGGCGUACAUCGGGACGGACGGGCCGCUCAAAGCGCGCCAAUACCGCCGCCUUACGACCUUGUUGUCCAACCUCGAAGGACUCCUCCCGCACGCCCGAAUCGCAGACCGCCUCGCAGACAACCUCGCGACGAACGGCACGCCCCGACUCGUCCUCGACCCCGUCGCGCUCGCUUCCGGCCGCGCACUCGCCGGCUCAGACCCCGACCUCGUCGACUCGGUCAAGGGCGACGCGGGCGAGGGCCUGUAUGCGCAGAUCGAGACGCUGCUGGAGAGGUUCCGCAAAGUCGAGGUUGGGGGAGGCCAGGAGCGCGUGGUCGGCAAGGAGCGGAGGUUGGGACGUGUUGAUGCGUUUGGACGCGUGUAUGCGACGGGCGGGAGGAAGCAGUCUGACGCGAAGGUGUGGAUCAUCCCCGCCUCUGCCUCUGCCUCCGACGCCGCCUCGGACCCGCCCAUCGGUCGCAUCAUAGUCAACGACCGCCCCCUGGCCUCUUACUUCACGCAAGACCCUCACCGCCAAACCGUCGUCCGUCCCCUGUCGCUCACCAGCACGGUCGGCGCGUUCAACAUCUUUGCGAUCGUGCAUGGGUCCGGAAUCGCGGCGCAGAGCGAGGCGGUCGCGAAUGCGGUUAGUAAGGCUUUGGCAGAGUGGGAACGUGUCGAGUAUGAGGCGGGGAGGAGGAGCGAGCCGGAGACGACGUAUCGCGAGAUCCUCGACCGCGCCGGCUUGAUCCGCCGCGACCCGCGCAUGGUCGAGCGCAAGAAACCCGGACACGUCAAGUCGAGGAAGAUGCCGACUUGGGUCAAGCGGUGA